ACAAAAGAUAGGUAUUACCCCGAAUGUCUUUAGUUUAGAAUUUAAAUUUUUGCAAGAGCAGAGAAGUUUCAAGUUAAAAGUUGAUCGUCAUUAACUGAUAAGGUGAUAAUGAUGAAAUGAGAUUAAAAUUUUAACCAUUGAUUAAAAAUGACGACCGUGUUACUCUAAAAAAUGAAGAAUUUGCAUCAAAUGCGAAUUAAUAAAUAGAAAUGUGUUUGCUUGUAUUAUGUGGUGUAAUGUUCUUUCAAGAUGUUUUCAAUCAAAUCAUUCGUGGCGCGAGUGUGUUAUCCUAGCUCUCGAAUUCUAUGUUUUCAGGGUCAUUACGUAAAUAGAAAUGGAAGAGAUACAAAUACUCAUUGUCAUUGUCAACUAGCAAGGCUAAAAGGGAGGCUAUUUUUCACGCUUCCUAAGCAAAGUAGACAACGAGAAUAUCGCGGAAGGCAGCUGGUUGGAUACUCUAUGGAUCAAAUGUUUGAAGUUGUAUCAGAUGUUGGAAGCUAUUACAAAUUUGUUCCUUGGUGCAAGAAAUCAAUAGUAUUACAAAGGACACCUAGUAAUUUGACAGCAGAUUUAGUAGUAGGAUUCCCACCAUUAAACGAGAGCUACACAUCAAAUGUUAGCUUGCUGAAGCCACACCUAGUUAAGGCUGAAUGUACAGAUGGAAGAAUUUUUAAUUAUCUUUUGACUGUAUGGCGUUUUAGCCCCGGAUUAAAGGGUGACAAGAAGUCAUGCGUAGUUGAUUUUCAAAUUCAAUUUCAAUUCCGCUCUGCUAUCCACUCACAUUUAUCAAAUUUAUUUUUUGAUCAAGUUGCACGGCAAAUGGAAGGUGCAUUCAUAGAUGAGGUAGGACAAAGGUAUGGACCUGCAUCGAUGCAAACUGUAAAUUUGCUCAUAAAUAAGGAUAAUUUACAGAGUUGAUGUUAGUGUUAUCAACAGUCUAGCAGAAUUAUAUUAUAUAAAUGUAAUAGUUAUUUAUUAUAUAAAUCCUAUUUAUUUUUUUAAUGUGUAUUCAGUCAGUUUAUUGUUAAUUAUUAAAAUUCAUGUCAUGUUAUAAA